UUCGUUGCUUAUUGCGAAAUGUUUUUUUAUUUUCGUUUUUAAAUUAUGGUGGUAUUUGUAAAUAAUGUUUAUUACAUAAUAUUAUCAUAUUCUUUAUUAAUAUCUUUUUUAACAAGAUGUUCUUUAUUAAUAUUACAGAUGUUCUUUAGAUAAAUAAAAAGUAAUAACAUUUAGUUGUUCUCAAAAACAGGUAUAUGUUCUUUACAAAAUAGUUGUACGUUCUUUACAAAUUAGGUACAUGUUCUUUCCGCGUUUUUUGUAUGUACCAAGCAUGGUACCACCGCUUGUAGCUUAAAAUUUUCAUACUUUGUCAUGUUUUUAUUGGCUACAAUAAUGGUGCCAUGUUCCAUUAGAAUUCAAUUUAUAUUUGACUCCUAAUUUUCUCCACUUUUUUGAUAAUGUGUCAAAUUUCUAGUGGUAUUUUAUGUAGGGACAACAUACAAUAAUUGUGUGUCAAAUUUCUUGUACAGUAAUCUUUAAUUUCCAUCUUUAAAUCCUUAAUUAGUAAUUAAUUCUCACGCUAUUACCGUAACAAUAUUGAAAUUUCCAAUUUAAUACUCCCUCCCACUGCCCACCGGUCCACCUUCCUCUCUAAUUCAAUGUUUUUUUUUUUUUUUUUUUUUUUUUUUUUUUUUUUUUUUUUUUUUUUUUUAUAAAUAGCUCUAAGUCAAUGGUCAAUUAUGAGUAUGGAGUAGUAUUUUCUUACUCCUUGAAUUACUUCUAAUUGAAAGAGAUAUUUAAUUUUUUUGAUUAUAUGUAUCAAAUAAAUCCAAAUUUCUCUAAUUGGAUUACUCUAUUUUUACUCGGUUAAAGACCAAAAUUCAUUCAACGAGGAAAAUCAGUCAUAUUUCCUUACUCAUAUAUGAGGUAGGUGUAAUUUACUACUUUUCCCCCCUAAUAUUACAUAAUGUAAUUUCAGUUUUUUGUGAUUUGCUCUGAGUUUAUUGUUACAUUUUUAAAGUGGAAAGUAAAAGAAAUCGGUUACAUGUAACUUCGAUUAGCGGCAAUGGGGUUUUUAAUAUGGAGUAUUUGGAAUUUGAACAAUUGGUAAUGUUUGUAAUUUGUUGAUUUGUGUGUUCUAGGUAGGGGUGUUCAAAUCCGGGUACCCGGAGUUUCGGGUACUUGAUAAGUUGUCCCAUGUCCCAACCCGAAUAAUCCGGGUAACCGGGUUAUUCGGGUCGGGACAUGGUACCCGGAUCUCUUUUUGGUUUUUUUUUUCUUAAUUCCAGAUUUGCAGAUUUAUAGCCCCCUCCAAAACUUCUGCCUCAUCACUAUCAUCAGAUCUUUGGUUCCCAACUGUUUCAUUUGAAUUUGUCACCAUCAAGUCAUCAGAAUCUGACAUUUUCUGGUAAAAAAACAAACAUAUAUACAUCAAUUCAAGAUAUAUACUGUGAGACAAAUCAGUCCAUACAUGCUAAUAUACAUCAAAAACUUACAGAUUAUACAACUAGUCCAUACAUGUUAAUAUACAAGGAAUAUACUGCAUAUAGAAAGAUUAUAAAAGAAGCAAAUAAAGACAGUGAGACAAAUCCUCAUGCCAUACAUUUUAAUAAAGAUUCAAGACAAAUCCUCACGCACAUAAUCUGGUGAGUGGUGUGACAAAUCCUCACGCACAUAGCAAAUUCAAGACACAUAUCAACAUUCAACAGUCAAUUUUCCAUGAACAAACGCAAUACCAUGAAUUUGAGCACGAAAUACACUACAAAUUUUGUACAAACGCAAUACCACGAUAAAUUGUUUCCACAAUUAGCACGAAAUACACUAUCAAUUGGAUUACCACAAAUUACAACGAAAUUAAACUUGCAUGAGAAUAGAAAUUACCUAAGAUUGAAGGCUUAAACUCCCUUGAACUCGAGUGAACAGGAGAAGAAGGAAAGCAGAUCUAAGAGAGAGAGAGAGAGAGAGAGAGAGAAGAAGAGGCGAAUUUUUUUUAGCCCUAAUCCGUGAACUACUGAACUGGUAGAGUGGAAAUGUGGAAUCAGUAUGGGUUGGGCCUUUGCGGGAAUGGGGGCAAAUUUUUUUUUUAUUUAUUAUCGGGUAUUCGGGUACCCGAUAAAAAUAAAAUCCGCCCAUGUCCCGACCCGGAUACAAGGCCAUUUUCCCGGGACGGGUACCCGACCCGAAAAAACAACUUUUUUGCCAAAAAUUCCCACCGAGUAUUUUCCGGGUCAUCGGGAAAUCGGGUCGGGACAACCGGAACACCUCUAGUUCUAGGUGCAGUGCACUAUUUGUUUAAAUAUUUUGUUUAUUUGUUUUUUUGCUUCGAUUAAUUUUUUUUUCAUUGUAGUAUAAAUUCCAGUCUAAAUUACUUCUUGUAAAUGACAUCUUUGUUAUUAGGGCCCAAUUUUUAGAAUUAGAACAGGGCCCCAAAAAGUUUAGGACGGCCCUGUAUAUGUACAUGUACAUGAUGCAUGUAUAAUGUAUAUAUACAUCCAUUAUGACAUUCAUGUACAUAUAUAUAUAUACAUGUCAUAUAUGUAUAAGACCAUGAUCAUAUAUAAAACUAUGCAAUGGAGCCUGAGAAACCACAAAAAACCCUCAUAAUGGAAGAGUUAGAAGAUCAUUUACAUCAACUUGAAACUUCACUCCCAAAGGAAUUAUGGAUGGGUGCUUUCCCCAUAUUUCUAUACCAGAAUUAUUGGUGCCCCUUUAGAAGACUUAAACCAUCAAUCUUAUUUCAAACCCAAUUUGAGGCAUUUGACACUGAUAUCAUUCUAGCUAGUCUCCCUAAAACCGGUACAACAUGGCUGAAAUCCCUCCUCUAUACUAUUGUAAAUCGGAAUAUUUAUUCUGAUUUUAACAAACACCCACUUCAUAGUGAAAAUGCUCAUAAAUUUGUUCCACAUUUCGAGUACACAGUUUAUGUUAACACUAGUGAUGAAACCCUACCCAAUUUAGCCAAAUUAUCCCCGCCUCGACUCUUUGCCACACAUAUAACUUAUUUCUCACUUCCAAAAUCAAUAAAAUCCUCAAAAUCUCGAAUAAUUUAUGUAUGUCGAAAUCCUUUGGACACUUUUAUUUCGUCAUGGCACUUUUACCCUCAGGUAGACCUUCACAAUAACAAUGAGCAAGACCAUAAUAUGAUAGAGGAGCAUUUUGGUAUGUUUUGUGAGGGUAAAUUCCCAUUUGGUCCUUAUGAUGACCAUGUACUUGGUUAUUGGAAGGAGAGUGUGCAAAAUCCAAAUAAAUUGUUGUUCAUGGAAUAUGAAGGGCUAAAGGAGGACCCGAAGGCCCAUGUGAAAAAGCUCGCGGAGUUUGUGGGUUACCCGUUUUCGGAGCAGGAGGAAAACAAAGGUAUCAUAGAUGAUAUAAUCAAACUUUGCAGCCUUGAAAGUUUGAAGGAAAUGGAUGUGAAUAAGAAUGGUAGUUAUUAUGGGUUUUUUGAGAACAAAGCUUUGUUUAGAAAAGGGGAAGUUGGAGAUUGGACUAAUUAUUUGAGCCCUACGAUAGUUAAAAAUUUUGAUCAAAACAUCCUUGAAAAAUUCAAGGCCUCUGGUUUUUCUUCUAAGUACUAUAAACCCUUUAAUUCAUAUGAAGCUCCAAGGUAAUUAAGAAGGUUGAUGGUUUUGUUUUCGGUCAAUGUGCAUAUCAAUUUGUUGAAUUGAUUUAUUUCACUUAAUAUAUUUUUAUUUUCUGUUUUGUUGUUGUUUUUUUUACAAUAAUAACUAGCUAGUGUGCGACUCUGGAGAGAUAUAUUGUUUUAUAACUUAAUAAUGUGUACACUUUACACAGUACAUUGUUGAUAGGAGAGUUCAGCUUUAAUUGUAUUUUUAACGAGUAAUUAUUUUAUGCAGUUUGGCUUUCUUGGAUCAAUUUUAAAUAACAUUGUUCUUAAUUAUAUUUGGAUGAUCAUACCAAAAAUUAUGCAUGCAUAUGUUUUUUCCUAAGAUUCAAAAAAUUUACACAACAAAACCUUUGAUCAUUAACUUAUUAUGUGACAUAUAUUAUGACAUAGCAAUGCAAAGACGUAAUUAUUCACAUCUAUAAAUUAAAGUAAUUUAGAAUUAAUUUUGAACUUGUUUAAUCAUCACUAUUCAGAUAAAUUAUUUGAACUUGUCUUAUCAUCACUAUUUUAUUACGGCCUACUAAGAAGAUUUGUGGUACAUAAAUAUGAUUCCAGUACAUGACUAUGGAGUAUCUGAGAUUAUGAGAAUUGCGCAAUUUUAGUUUUACGAAGUUAAAAUUUUGUGUUGAAUAAUUUUGAGAAUUAGAGACAUAAUUCAUGUUAAUUAAUUAGUUUACUUAGGCAAAGGUGUUGUAAUUAAUUAAUAAUUAAUAAAGAAUAUUAAAGCAAAUAUUACAUUGAAGGAAGCUUAGAGCUCUCGGCAACGAGAAAACUCUGUUUAUAGAAGACAUAGGUUGCUGCCUCUGUUUUGUUGCCUGGUCAGCCGCCCGGUCAGGGGUGGUGCUCGCUGACCGAGUGCGAGGGUGGCUUAUCUUCUCCGCCCCCCGAUUGGGCAGCCAGCGCUAGAUCCGGCGCGAGAAGGAAAGCAAUUUUACGGAAAUCUGAUUUCUAGAAUUUGGGGUAGCUGCCCGAUUGGGCCACAGCCGCCCGAUCAGGCACGAGACAUUUCUGAAUUUGACGCUGAUAACCGCCUAAUCGAGCGGUGGCCGGCCCAAUCAGGCGCGGGUCUUGAAGUUGAUUUGAAUCGACGGUUUUUCCUUUAAACUGUUGGUUUUGUCAGUUAUUUUCGUGGCUCUUGGCUGAAUUUUUGCUUCAAUAUAUAUAUGCUCUAUGAACAUAUCUUGGAUAACUUGAGAAAAAUAAUCAGAGAUUUAUUUUUCUUGAAACCUUUUGCAAUAUAUUUAUCAUCAUCAUAAAUCCAAAGGCUUAUCUACAUUUUAUUGUAAUCAUCCUACUUGUGAUUACAAUUGAUCUUCGUUGUUUCUCCUAGGUGAAUUUCCGUGUAAACCCGGUUGUAGUAUAGGGUCGGAAUUAUACUUUUGGGAAGCCUCGAAGUUUUUCCAUUCUAAUUUGUUUUUGCUUUUCUUUGUGACCCUUAUAAACACAAAAUCCCCAACAAUCCAAAAGUAUAAUCCAACAAAGAUGGCAAAUGUUAAGGAAUUGAUGACCAACAUUCAAAAGUUGGACAAAUUCGAGGGUGUUGAUUUCCGAAGGUGGCAGAAGAAGAUGCAUUUCUUCUUGACUACAAUUGGGGUGGCUUAUGUUCUUGCUACUCCGAAGCCCGAGGAGAAGGAGGAGGAAACUUGGGAUGAAACAAGGAAACACAACAAGUGGGAGAAUGACAAUUACAUUUGUUGUGGCCAUAUACUCAAUGGUAUGUCUAAUGAACUCUUUGAUAUCUAUCAGUUUAAUGAUUCUGCUAAGUCUUUAUGGGAUGAAUUAGAGGCUAAAUAUAUGGCUGAAGAUGCUUCUAGCAAGAAGUUUCUUGUUAGUAAAUUUAAUAAUUAUAAGUUGGCAAAUUUGUAAAAAAAAAAACCUUUUAAAUGCACUAUUUUGGGAAAAAAAAAAACCUUUUAAAAGCUUUUUUGUAAAAGAAAACCCAAACUCAUCUAAUUUUUGUUGAAGACAACCUAAUACCUCUAAUUCACCUAAUUAACCACUAAUUACUUCUAAUUACUCUCUAACUAUUUAAUAAUAAAAUUAGUUUUUAAAUAAAGAAAAAAAAAAUACAAACCACCAUGUCCACCACCAACCAGCCACCUACUCCCUUUCCCCCUCCCCUAGCAGUAGCCCCACCGCCGCCUAAGCCACCAGAAUCGUAGCCCCCAUUCAAGCCAACCACGAAAACCAGGCCACCCCAGCCACAACCUACUACCAGCUAGCCCACUCCCGUCGUCAACCACCACCAAGAAAUAAACCGCCUUACUCCCAUCGCCAUCCCACCACGAAAAUACCCACACCCAAGAAACCGCCUUGGAGGUUGAAGUGCUCCUCGCAAAAGAAGUCGGGGAGGGCAAAGCUUCCGCAAGGGCCCUCCUCUUCCCGUGGAAGGAGGAGAGAGAAAUUCAUGGGGAAAUUAAAGUCUUCAAUUGAUAAAUUAGGGUUUUGUGAGAUAAUUUAAGGAAAUUGAGAUGGAGAAGCCAUUAAUAACCAUGAUUGAGCUAGGAGAGAGAAAGAUGAAAUUAGGAAUUUUUGGAGGAAAUUGAUGAAGAAGAAAGGAGGGGGUAAAGGGAAAGAGGUGUAGGGCCGCCGGCCGGCGGUAUGGGUUCAAGCCGGCGGCUCAAAUGGGGGAAAAGGAGCGAGAGGGGUGGUUGGAUGGCUUGUGGUGGGCUGGUGGGGGUGGGUUUUCUUUUUUAAUUUAUAAAUUAAUUUAAUUAUUAAGUAGUAAAAUGAGAAUUAGAGGUUAAUUAGAAGAGAUUAGAGGUUAAUUAAGUGUAUUAGUAGGACAAGGUUGUUUUAAACAAAAAAAAAAAUUAAGUUUGGAUUUUCUUUUACAAAAAAGCUUUUAAAAGGUUUUUUUUCGCAAAACAGUGCAUUUAAAAGUUUUUUUUGACAAAUUUGCCAAUUAUGGAACAAUUUCAUGAGAUACAAAGAGUAUUAGGAAGUCUUAGACAACAUAACUAACAGGCUAAAGUCGUAUCACCUAAUCAAAAGUAAUUCCUAAAUCCUCUAACUAAUGUAGAUAGGGA